UUAUAAUAAUUUCAAUAAAACGUGGAAGAAGAUUCCAUUAAAAGCUGUCCAUGGGUUUAGAUGUGUCAGGAUGUAUAACAAGAUCCCUUAUACUGAAGAAUAUGAAUUACAUCGAUACUAUUUAAUCGAAGACAUAAAAAUACUUUAUAAUGAAUUUAUGCUUCUUAUUCAUCAAAAUAAAGAUCAAGCUUUUAUCGUUUCAUGGGAGUUGGAAAAACGAAUGAAAGGAAGUAUUUAUAUGAAAGAAGUUUGCAAGUAUUCAAAAGAACAAAAGAAAGAUCUUGGAUUCUUUGAAGAGAAUUCUGUUGAUGAUCAUAAUCAAAAAUAUGAAUUGGAUAUUUUAUAUUCUUGUCUUGGUGUAAAGAACGCCUUUUCUACUACAGAUCAAAUUCUUUUGAAUGAAAGAGAAUUUAAAAAUAUGAGAAAAUCGUUAAUCGAAAUGUAUCCAGAAAUCAAGAAAAAUCGUGGUGAUAAAGGUGAUAAAGAAGGAU